GGUUACUACCUCCCUACAUAUAACUCUCCCUUCCUCCCUAACCACCCUCCCUACCCACCACACAUCCCACACAACCUACGAACUAUACACGAAAAUGCCCGACCCCCACACCUACCAAUCCGAAGUCUACGCCCACGGCCUACACGACCAAAAACCCGCCAUCACCUUCCAGCCCACCGAAUGGGAGUCCCUCGCGCGCACCCGCCUCUCCGCAAACAGCUACAGCUACGUGCACGGCUCCGCGGGAACCCACGAAACAGACCACAAAAACCGCGCCGCGUUUCAACGCUGGUCGAUCAUCCCAUCGCGUCUGAUACCUUCUGAUUUUCCGUCCCUCUCCACCACGCUCUUCGGGGAGGAAUACGCGUCCCCGAUCGCCAUCGCACCGGUAGGCGUACAGACGAUUUUCCAUCCGGAAGGAGAAAAGGCGGUCGCGAGAGCAGCGGCGGGGUUAGGGGUACCGUAUACAUUGAGUACCGCGACCGCCACAAGUAUAGAGGAUGUGGCCGGGGCGAAUGGCGCGGAUGGAAAGCGGUGGUUCCAGCUCUAUUGGCCGAGUAACGAGCACAACGACAUCACGGUUAGUUUACUCCGACGGGCGAAAGCAGCCGGGUAUACCGUGUUAGUGGUCACCCUGGAUACAUACAUUCUGGGCUGGCGCCCGAGCGACAUGGAUAACGGGUAUAAUCCGUUUCUGAGGGCGGAUACAGUGGGUGUGGAAGCGGGGUUUUCGGACCCGGUGUUCCGGGAGUGGUUUGCGAAGACGCAUGGGGGGAGACAAGUAGAGGAGGAUAUGGGUACCGCGGCGGGGGAGUGGACGCGGAUGAUUUUCCCGGGGAAGUCGCAUGGAUGGGAGGAUUUGGGGUUUUUGAAACAGCAUUGGGAGGGGCCGAUUGUGUUGAAGGGGAUACAGUCGGUGAGGGAUGCGAGGUUGGCGGUGGAGUAUGGCGUGCAGGGUAUUGUGGUGUCGAAUCAUGGGGGGAGGCAGUUGGAUGGCGGGGUGGGGUCGUUGACGGUGUUGCCGGAGAUUGUGGAUGCCGUGGGCGGGGAGGUGGAGGUGUUGUUUGAUUCCGGGGUGCGGUGUGGUGCGGAUGUGGUGAAGGCGUUGGCGUUGGGGGCGAAGAUGGUGCUCGUGGGCCGGCCGUAUGUGUAUGGGUUGGCGAUUGGGGGGGAGGAGGGCGUGAGACAUGUGUUGCGGAGUUUGAUGGGGGAGGUGCAGUUGACGUUGCAUUUGGCGGGGGUGAAGUCGGUGGAUAAACGGGAUUUGAAUCACGAGUGUUUGAGGUGGGAUGUUGUUUGAAGUGAUUAUACAGGGUGGAUUCAUGCAGAGCACCUAGCUAAUCAAUACAUACUUUUUGAUGUGCA